GGCGGUAAUGCUUUUUUACACUGGUUGUCAAACACCCUAAUAAUACUUUAGAAGAAGAAGAAGCAAAGGAGGCGGGGCAAGAGCAGCUAGCUGGGCUAGGCUGGCUAGUUAGUUUAUCUGACGAUAAUUAAAGGAAGAAACUAGCACAUGAAUGACAUCAGCACACAUUCCUGUGGACAGAGAGAGAGAUGAGCCAUACUACUUCAGAGGCAGUGGGUCUUGACCCUGCUGAGCUGAGAAACCAGCUCUUUGAGCUAUGGAACCGGAAAGAUCUGCAGACGCUACAUCUGGCUUCAUUUCAUGGAUUUUCAAAGCUACCCGAACCCCUGGAGGGCUUGCUAACGAUGCUGGAAGGCUGUCCAGUAAAACAGAAGGGCAACAGCCACACCUUUGGCCAUCGCGUUCUCAUGGAAUACCAGACAUGGAUGAAGGAGCACCCACAGGCAACCAUAGGCUCUCUCCCUGAGCAACAAGCCGUUCCACUCCAGUGUCGUGCUCUGAACUUAUUAACAGAUACCCAGUCCAGCUUUUUAGAGAGCCUCAUAAACACCUACCAGCUCACCUCCCUAGAUCCAGCCAUACUUCUGCUGCACAUUAAGAGGUUGCAGACCCUCAAAUGCUAUAAAGAGGCAGCAAUAGUCGGUAUAAAGCUGAAGUUACAGAAGAACCUGAAUAUGGAGGAGAUGUGUGUACCGCUCAUACUGCAAGGUAAGCUGGCUUUGGCAGAGACCUUCGUCACAGGUCACAGUCAGCUAGAACAACAACUGGUCGUACUUCUGGAUUCCUGGUGCCACCCCAGCUUCAGUGUGGAGGAGAUACACAAGAGAUACCCUCAUUUGUCUCUGUCCAGACACUGUGUUGCCCAGAUUCAGCCCAAAGUGCUCACCAAGCACACCUUACGGCUCGUGGAGAAAUUCAACAUUAACCAAAAACUGUGUCCUAAUGCUUUGCACAAACGGAAACUAGGCAGUCUACGUUUUCUUAUGUAUAAGAGGUUUGUGGAGAAAAGUAUGACAGAGGAAAACUGGAGUGACAAUGUACAGUAUGUCGUGGCAGACGACCUCGAGCUGCAGAUCCAGUUGGUGGAGAUGUUGGUGAAGUACUGUAAUCUACAGACAGCAUCACAAUGGUCACUAAGAUACACAAUCCCCAGAAACCGUUUACCAUGCGAGGUAUGGAAGACACAGCAGGCUCUACCCCCCCAUCUACAACAGAUAGGUUUCAGUGAUUCAGCCCAAAGUGAGGAGUGGAUGCCAUCUCAGUCUCACUGUCAGAUGUUCUACCAGCUGCCUCUGACCAAGGACAAGGUUCACUUUGUGGACACGCCAGAAGCUCUGCAGAGAUGCAGUAAUGUCGUACUUAAGGACGGCAGUAUUGUGGGAGUUGAUAUGGAGUGGCAGCCCACGUUUGGCUGUAUGUCAAUUCAGCAGGUUUCUCUGAUACAACUUGCAGUUUCUGACCAGGUUUUUUUAUUGGACCUCUGUGCAAAUGGAUUCUAUCAACACCCAGAUACUGUUAGCUUCAUAAGGAGCUUCUUCUCUGAAAGAAAUGUCUCUAAACUGGGUUACGGUAUGGCAGGGGAUCUCCGAUGUCUCUCAGGCACUUGGCAGCAAUUUUUAGAGGAGCCACUGAAGACUGAGGGGGUGCUUGAUCUACUCAACGUACACCAAAAGAUUCAGCGCUGCAAGGCCACCAGAACCGACGAUGGUCCCAAAGAGGUGCUGGUAGGAGAGGACUCUGCAGAGAAAGGCCUGAGUCAACUGGUACAACAGGUCCUGGGAAGGCCCCUGGACAAGACAGAGCAGAUGUCCAACUGGGAGAAACGUCCUCUGCGCAUCAGCCAAAUUAGAUAUGCAGCGGCAGAUGCCUACUGUUUGCUGGAUGUGUACUCUGUCCUCUCCAGUAAACCAGAAUACUUUGGAUUACCAGCUGACCUAUGGAGCGUGUCCUCAAACCAGUCAGAGAAGAGUGCAAAAAAGAAGAAGGGGAAACAAAGCCAGGCCAAGCAGGCAGGAGAAGCCCUUCAGACAGAGGAAUGUCAGGGAGCUCAAAGGGUCAUUCCCCCUCACUCUGACAAUGAGACAGGCCUCCCGUGUGGUGGGAAGCUUUCAGGAGACUGCAGCCCUCUGCCCCCCCAGCAGCUACGGGUGGUGUGUGACAAUAUGCUACAGGGGCUUGGGAGGUACCUGCGUUGUUUAGGAGUCGAUGUUGUCAUGUUGGAGAGCACCGAUGAUCACAGAGUGGCAGCAAAGUUAGCACAGGCUGAAGCCCGUGUCAUUCUCACAUGUGGCCAACCAUACCAAAGUUUGCGCUCCCAGGUGGGUGAAGGUCGGUGUCUUUCCCUGGACUGUUCAGAAAAGGCCAGAGACCAGGCUGUCCGAGUUCUCAGACACUUUAAUGUCCAGCCCACUGCCAGCGAUAUAUUCAGCCGCUGUCAGGCGUGUAACAGCGAUGAGUACGUGGCCGUGCCCAGAGAGGACAUGUUCAGGAUGCUCCGACAGAAAGGUUUUCUGCAGGACCAGGACGUAACGGAUCCCGCGCUCCUCGCGUCCCUUGAGGACGGCGAGAAGCUCGGCGACCCCCUGGGCUCCGGCGUGGCUGCGGACCUGCCCAGGUAUGCCCUUCAGUGCCGCUGGGCCCCCCUUUCACAGCUGGACCCCGGCACGCUGACCUUCCCCGGGGGGGUGCCCAUACAGCUCCACACGGUGUCCCCCGCCCUGCUGCCGCGCAUAGCGCUCUUCUGUGUGUGCACCAAAUGUGGCAAGGUGUUCUGGGAGGGCUCGCACUUCACCCGGGUCGUCUCCAUGUUUCAGGAGGUCUUACACGUAACAGACGGGGCCGCUGAACGAGCUGCUUUCAUCUCCACACAAGACUGAUCACAUGCUAAAAUGGUUGUUUGACUGUAUUCAUGGCUGUAUCUCGUUAUGAUGUUCUGUGUAAAGCACAUGUUCCUUUUAACACAUGGUGGCCACAUGCAUCAAGACGAUGACGGAAUGUUUUCUGGACUUAAUUUAGCUACCUGCUUAUUUAGUUAUUAACUUUUAAAUUUCUUUAUUAAUAAAACUGGCAUUUGUUUACUUUAA